UUUUUCAAAUAACAUUCACGCACUUUGUGAUAGUGUUAAAUUUUUUACUUCUCGUCUGUGUACUUUUAACAUACAACGGAUAUCGUGUAGUUCUUAUAAUAUUUGGCGUACAAUAUUCACGGCUAAUCACUCGAGCCGUAAUUAAUUUUUAAUCUAUUAUUGCGCUGCUUCGGUAGACAUUAGUCAACGAAAAAUGUUUCAUUACUUAAAUUUACACGUUACAUUGCCUUUUCUAGUAUUGUUUUUUUUUUUUACAUUCGCUUCGUCCUCAAGAAAGUCACGUAUACUAUUAAUUUGUAAUCCGCGGGUAAUUUGCGCGCAUUGUAUACUUACGCGGUAUUACAAUAUUCGUUAGCAACAAAGUAUUCGUCGAAAUUUCGUUCAACUUUGAUUAAUGUCGAAUGACAAAUAUCGUGUUAAAUCGAUGAAAUUGAUGAAUUAUCGGACACGAUAGUAAUUAAUUAACGAAGGAUAAAAAUUUGCGUUUUGUGUCAAGUAUGGCGUAUAUACAGGAUAUGCGCGCACGAGUCGCCAUGCGCAUGCUCUACAGCUGCGAAAAGUAUAUAUGUACAUUGGCCUUUUAUUUUACAAACUCGUGAUAAUCAUCGGUCUGCACAUCAAUUUCAGUUAAUAAAUCGUCUGCUCUCGGUAUAAUUAAUCAUUCCUGUACAAUAUGCAGUUGUGUUUUUCACGCACAGUGUGCUCAGAGUACGUAUAACGACUGAUGCAGUUUUCGUUGUAUCAGCUUAUACCUUAUCAUACGACUAAUCGGAUAAUUGACGGUUAACAUGUGUACUUAUACAUUGACAUAUGUGUUUAAUAAACAGAAACAAGAAAUACUGUUAUUGAACAUAAACGACGGUCCGGGAAAUCGCGACAAAAAUGGUUUAUUCGAGUCACGUAUAUGUCAGGACUUUGAAUCGUACGCUAAGAGAAUGCCUGCACAAUGACGCAGAUUCUUAUAUUCUUGGUCGAUGCGGUUACUGCGGGAUUCGUUUCUAAUCCAAAUAUGUCACGCCUGUUACUGAAAGCUAUAUAUAUGACAAUUUAACUAACAAUAAAUGUUUAAUUUUGAUUUAAAUUUGCGCGGUACUGGAAUUAUGCACUGCAUUAUACUUUUAUACAAUUCGUUUUGUCGGUGUCGAGCAAAUAUUUUCGCCUUCUCAUAUCGUGUAGAAAUCGAUAUGCCGCAUGUAGAAAUACAAAUAUGUAGAUAUUUUCAUUUGACUUGAACUUAUACGUCACAAGUUAAAUUGUAAAACUGCGGUACUAUGGACGGUUACAUAUUAUACUCUUAUAUAUAUAUAUGUUACAUAUUAUACGUUUAUAUAUAUUAUAUAUUAUAUAUAUUAUAUAUAUAUAUAUAUAAUAUGUAUAUACACGUAGGUCAUAAACUGAGAAUUAUAACUGCACGCGAAUUUUGUAUUCGUGCUCAAGUCGCUCCAUGCGAUACGUUUUUUCGCUUUAAUUUAGAAUAUAUUUUCAUUGAUAUUGCUUGGGGAUUAAAAAAAAAUACUGUAAUGGGGACUGCAACUCAACAGUACUGCCUGCGCUGGAACAAUCACAGAUCAAACUUACUGACAGUGUUCGACGAGCUGUUGCAAAACGAGGCUUUCACCGAUGUCACGUUAGCAGUGGAUGGCGGUGCAUCGGUCAAAUGUCACAGAAUGGUUUUGGCGGCGUGCUCCUCGUACUUCCAAACUCUCUUCAUUGAUCUACCGUGUAAACAUCCUGUAGUCGUGCUAAAAGAUGUUAAAUAUAUCGAGAUAAAAGCAAUUCUGGAGUACAUGUAUCGUGGCGAAGUAAACGUUGCUCAGGAACAGCUCGGCGGCUUGCUGAAGGUUGCCGAAGCACUCAAGGUUAAAGGACUGGUAGAAGAAAAUGGCUCACAGGGUAGAAGGGAGGAAGGUGAAACCACAGCCCCGUCGCCUCCUGCAAUAACGACUAGCACUACAAGCAGCGCGGCUCACAGUAGUGGCCAGAUCUCGCCACCUCACUCUACCGGCACCCCUUACAGUCAGUACGGCAAAUCGCCCGUAGAUAGAGGACAGGGAAGGCUGUCUAUGCCGAUGUGGGCAUUGUCAGGGCUGCCGCUGGCCCAACAUCCGUCAUCCGGCCAUCCGCCACCCCCCCAUGCCCAGCAUUCGUCCAUGUUGGGUGGCUCGUACGACAACGGGUCAGACUCGUCACCUCUAAAACGAAAAAAAAUGUCAAAUAUGCUUAUUAACCGUGAUACACCGAUCCUGAGAACCGUACUUGGACAAGGGCAUGCGGACAGCUCCCAAGGGGGUGUACCCCUGUUACAUCCAGACAGUCACGAAAGCCACUCUCGCACCCAUAGCAACGGCUCGGCCAACGACAUGGACAGGCGCAACAGUAACGAUCUUUCACAGAGCGAGGCUGUUCACAGUCCUUACACAGACAUAUCGCUAAUGGAUGAAGAUGAAAAGCCUUCGCCACAAUCCUUUGCAGGAGAAACAAACCGAGGAAUAGUCAAUUACGUUCCGACACAAAAACCUGAAUGGAAACGUUACAAACAAUACACAAGGAACGACAUAAUGUCGGCGAUAGAAGCGGUCAGAUCGGGAAUGAGUGCCCUGCAAGCGGCUCGAAAAUAUGGUGUACCAUCGCGCACCCUGUACGACAAAGUCAAAAAAUUGGGAAUAACCACAUCAAGACCUUUCAAACGUGGCUCUAAUGGAAGCGGGGCUUGUUUUCCAUAUGGUAUAGGUGGUAAUGCAAAUGGAACCAUUUACAGCGGUGGAUUGUCAGAAAGUGAAAAUGAAAACAGUAGCGCAGGAAUAGGGAAUAAUCCUGGGUCGAUGCUCGAUCCAAGUUUCAUAGAGGGUCGAGACACCGUUGAACGAGAAACUAUGAUAGAAAUGACACUUCGCAGUCCGAGCCCAGCCGUUCACUCAAUGUCUCAACAGCACCAACAACAGCAGCAGCAGCAACAGCCGACUACAGAAGAUCAAGUAGAAGAUUUGUCGGUGAACCGAAAGCCAGAGAUUCGAGUAAUAGUACCACCGUUAAUAGUCAAGGAGGAAGAACAGGAUACUCCAAAUAACUCUGAUCGUAACUAAUUACUAACGUUGUCGUUGUUGUCAAUUUUUGUUUCAUUUAGUUACAAAGAUAAAUUCAGGGAUUAAUCGUUAGCUGCAUACCAAUAGUCAUGCGACGCAUGUAACUAAUGCUAUAAGCAUUCGUAUUCACCGAUCCGUACUAUAUAAUGUGAACGUUACGAAGAGAAAAAAAAAAGAGAAUCAAUGAAACGUGGUGAUUAUUCCUGGUAGUAGCUUCAAUAAGACUGACUAUG